AUGGAACCAACACCUAUUGAACAAUUAGAACCUAAUAUUAAUUUAAAUGGGGGAAAAACAAAAAAGAAAAAAAGAGAUAUUGCAAAUGAGGAUGUUGAGGAAAUGGCACAAGCAUUGUACAUUUAUUGGAAAUCAAGAGAUAUUGUUAAAGCUGGAGAAUGUGAUUAUGAUGAAGCAAAUGAACGAGCUGAGAUUAUGUGGAAAAAUGAAGAGAAUGAAAAGAUAUUAGAUGAUUUUAGAAAAGCAGCUGCAGUUCAAAUUGUUAUGCUUGGAGGUGAAUAUAUUGGAAAUAAACGAAAAAGACAAGUAAGAAGUGAAUUUGGUAAGAAUCGAGCUGAAUGUAAUCCAUUUUUAUUAUUCUGUAGAGACCAUAGAGAAAAUGUUCGUGAAAAAGGAAGUAGAGGAAAAGGAAUGACAACGCUGUCAUCAAUGUGGAAGGAUUUACCUGAAACAGAAAAAAUUCGAUAUGUUGAACUUGCUAAAACAAAUAAAACAAAAGAAAUUCAUGUUGAUAAUGUUAAGCCUGUUGUUGAUGAUAUGCCAACUCUUACUCCAAUACCACAACAAUCACAAGAAGGAAUAGGGCCAAUGCCAAGUGUUACACUUGAUGUUAUGGAAAUGAAAAAUAUGAAUGAAUUUUUACCUCCUACUCUUUAA